AUGUCGCUAUGCGGGAUAAAAGACCCAUGAAUGAUGUUACCGUAAAUGUGAUCUUGUUUAAGAUCAGUAAGACCUAUCGAAUCCCUCUUUUCGACGAGUCUCUUGAUUUCUGUGCUUUCAUGGGAGACACGGCUGUAGCUAAGAUGCUCAGUUUUAUAAACAAACAAUUUAUGAAAUUGACAAAUGCUAAUCACUCCUGUCCUUAUCAGCACGAUAUCAUCUAUUAUGGCACCAAAAAUGAACAAUUUUUAACGGAGAUACCGGCUCCUAAAGGUAACUACAUUUUACAGAUGAAAGUGGCAGCCAAUAAAAAGUGGAAGGCUCAUGUAAAAUUCUUUGCUACUGUAUAUUAA